UUGAAUAGAAUAAGAAGUAGCGGUUUCCUUUUGUUUCUGUUUAAUUUUUAGUUAAACAACUUGUUUAAUAUUUUCAUUAUUUCCUCUUUCUCUGUUCUAUUCAUUUGUAUGUUAUAAUUUUUAGAACUUUCCUUCAUCACUUUCUAAAUUACUGAGUGAUAGAGUGAUAAAAUGCCACGGACAAAACGACCGGUAAAAAAACAAGAGAAAUCAGAUGUAGAAGAUGAGGCACUUAAGAAGUUAAAUAAAUUAGUAAUGGACCAAAAGAAAAUGAUUGACAAUCGCAUAAACUUGGAAUUGAAGGCUUUGGACAUUGCAUUCAAGAUACUGCUCGGUUCUAUUGACUCUACGCAGCUGCAGAAGACUGUUGGACAAUUGAAAUCUGAACUGUACAUCAACGAAACGGCGACCACGCGGAAGACCAGAAACUCUACCCGCUCGGCUUCACAAGAUGAUGGCUACCUCACUGAGAACUCGUCGCAGGGCUCCGGGGACAAGGCCAAGAAAUUCGCAACCCCGGCCAGCUGGAGUAGCCGACGCUCGCGGUCCGCGGAUGCGUCUAGCCGGAAGCCACCGGCGACCAGUUACAACACACAGCGCCGCCGCAGCCGUUCCGUGUACCGCACACCCGCCUACCACAAGAACGCGCCCGUCAACUUCCCGCCCAUCACGCCCAAGGUGACUCCCCACACGCCGCUGACCGUGCUGCGUCAGCCGCGACACGGAGAGAUGGUAGUCUCCAUGUCAGGCUCCCCCGUCAUGGUCCCCGCAUGUUACGCAAUGCAACCGGACGAGAAGGCCAACUGCAACAUCCUUCUGCAGGACGGCACCAUGCUGUCUCUGCAGCCGAAGCAGCUGCGCCAGUCGCAGGCAUACAUACCGUUCGCACUGAUGGACUCGCAAGUGCUCAACCAACUCAAGACUUUGAAAGACAAUUUGGAUAAAGUCGUCAAACUCGGCGAGAAGGCCAUGAAAUAGGAAAAAAUACACAUGUAGUCUGACGAGAAGGUACUGAUG